AUGCAUUCAUUUCGUCAGGUAUUGUUGGCCACGGCAAUCGUUAAAGUGAGAGCUAAAACCGGUGAAUUCAUACCAUUGCGUGCUCUACUGGACCAAGGUGGUGACGGUUGUUCAAUCACUGACGCAGCAACACAGAUGCUGAAACUGACCCCAUUCAAUCAGCGUGUCGAAGUUAAACCGAUGGGUGGUGGUCCGCCGAUUUAUGCCAACAAGGUGAUCGAAUUGUGCAUUCAAUCCGUUUACAACGACAAAUUCGUAGCCACGGCUCCAGCGGUUGUCAUGAAAACAUUGACCGAUAUGAUGCCAACGAAUUACGUGAAGGUCGACAAAUGGCCACACAUUGACGGUCUUCAAUUGGCCGACCCCGAAUUUUUGAAGACAGCCAAAAUCGAUGUAAUUCUCGGAGGCGAUUUGUAUUGGGCCGUAAUGUUGGAGGGUUUACGAAAGGGCCCGUAUGGAACACCAAUGGCUCAACAAACCGAACUCGGUUGGAUUUUAUCCGGUCCGGUGGCUAUUCACACUCAAUUGCCAAGCACAAUUAAUCAGCAUCACUAUUCCGUUUGCUUGAACGAAACGAUUCAAAAGUUCUUCGAACUUGAAUCAGUGCCUGACGUCCAAAUGAAAUCAAAUGAUGAUCAAUACUGCGAAGAAUUCUUCAACGAUACAAUUGCACGCAACGACGACGGUCGUCUGCAAAUGAGACUCCCAUUCCGAACACCGCACGAUCCGAAUGCUGUAUUGGGAAAAUCCAAAUUCUUGGCACUUCAACAGUUUUUGCGCUUGGAGCGACGCUUCAAAUCCGAUGCCAAGUAUAAGGAAGAAUACACAAAGGGAAUGGAGGACUAUAUCGCGCAAAAUCACAUGCAACUUGCUACGAAUACUGAAAACGAUUGCAUCCGCUACUCACUCGAGGGUGAACUCUACUGCCAGUCGUACUACAUACCGCAUCACUCCGUGACCAAAGAAUCGAGUACGACCACUAAACUUCGAAUCGUUUUCAACGCCUCACAAAAAACAACGAAUGGUAAAUCGCUUAAUGACAUUUUAUACCCAGGUCCUGUAAUGCUCGCCGAUUUACUCAGCAUUCUACUCAAUUGGCGUUGCCAUCGCAUCGCAUACUGUGCCGAUAUUCAACAAAUGUAUCGACAGAUUCAUAUCCACCCCGACGACAUCACUUACCAACGUUUGUUCUGGAGAAGUGACUUCAGCGAAGAAAUCAAAGAAUACUGUAUGAAUCGACUCACAUUUGGCACAAAUUUCGCUCCGUCAUUCGCUAUCAUGGGAAUUAAGCAUUUAGCGAAGGAAGAAGAGACCAAAUUUCCGAAUGGAGCUGCAAUCAUUCGAGCUGAUACCUACAUGGACGACACAAUGUCGGGUAAUUCAACGAUUGAGCUUGCUCUCAGAGAUCAACGCGAAACAAUUGAUAUUCUCAACUCCGCUGGUCUGAAUUUACGAAAAUGGGCAAGUAACGCAAAGGAGCUACUCGAAGCUGUACCCGAAACUCACCGUGAAGUAAAUGUGUCACUUGAUCGGGAUGAAUCCAUCAAAGCAUUGGGCACAUUUUGGGAUACAGCGGCCGACACAUUCAGUUUUCGAGUAAACAUCAACGAAACAGCAGACUUGUUCACAAAACGUGCGAUUAUGUCAACAAUUUGCAAGCUCUUCGAUCCAUUGGGCUUGGUUUCGCCGGUAAUUGCACGCGCAAAAAUCAUCAUGAAGAGAGUUUGGAAAUCGUCGGUUGAUUGGAACGAGAGGGUCGAUGAUACAAUCGCGACCGAUUGGCGUAAGUACCUUCUUGAGUUACAAUCAUUGCAUUCAAUCAAACCAAACCGAUGGAUUUCGUUUCUGCCUAAUCACAUUUCUAUACAAUUGCAUGGUUUUUGCGACGCAUCGACACACGCAUUUGGCGCGGGAAUUUAUCUACGAACCGUUGAUAUUGACAACAACAUCACCACCCGCUUGGUCAUCUCCAAAUCACGAGUUGCACCGAUGACACCAACCACUAUUCCAAGGCUGGAACUCUGCGGAGCCGUGGUAUUGGCCGAUCUUAUGAAAUUUGUCAUCAAUGCAAUGCGUCACAUGCAAAUUGCACCGGGCGAUGUAAGGCUAUGGACUGAUUCACAAACCGCCUUACAGUGGAUUCGCAGUGAUCCGAAUCGAUGGCAAAUAUUCGUCGCUAAUCGCGUUGUUGCGAUCCAACAUUCAUCGAAAAUCGAACAGUGGUAUCACGUACGUACCCACGAUAAUCCCGCCGAUUUGAUUUCGCGUGGAGCAUCACCUGACGACUUACUCACAGCUGAUCUGUGGUGGUUUGGACCAGACUGGCUACGGAAGCCUGAGUCUGAGUGGCCGGAGUCGGAGCUUCGGAUUGAGUUGGAACCGCUCGAAGAGAAAAAAUCAUAUCACGUCAACGCACACAUUCAUUCAACGGCUGAUUUUUUGAAUCGGUUUUCUAUGUUACGAAAAUUGAUUCGUACAACGUCAUGGUUUCAUCGAUUGUUUGCCAUUCUACUCAAACAAACCACAAAUUAUGAACGAACACUCACCGCCGCCGAACUGCAUUCAUCGACAAUGUUUUGGGUUCGUGCUGUGCAAGCACAGGAGUUUGCACGUGAAAUUGAAGCAAUACGCAAUUCGGAUGAUUCGCAUUGUGUUACACGUCUCAAGGAUUUACAUCCAUUCAUCGAUUCAGAGGGAAUUCUACGUGUUGGAGGGAGAUUAAAAAAUUCCGAACUGAGUUUCAACGAGAAACACCCGAUCAUUUUACCCAGUAAACAUCACUUUACGAAAUUAAUCGUCGAAUCAGCGCACUAUCGAACUAUGCACGGUGGCACACAACUCACAAUGGCCUACGUUCGCAAGACUUACUGGAUUUUACAUGCACGCAGAACUAUUUCAUCGAGCAUUCAUCGUUGUGUCGCGUGUCAUCGUCAACGAGCAAAGUUCACGGAACAACUGAUGGCCGACUUACCAGCAGCGCGUGUACGAAUUUCCCGACCAUUUUCACAAGUCGGUGUCGAUUUCUGUGGACCGUUUCUCACACGCGCAUCGAAAGGUCGUGGCAUCAAGACCAACAAAAGCUACGUCGCUGUAUUUGUGUGUUUGUGUGUGAAAGCGAUCCACCUCGAAUUGGUUAGCGACCUGUCAUCGGAAGCUUUUUUGGCCGCCUAUCGUCGCUUUAUCUCACGUCGUGGUCUGCCGAAAUGCAUGCAUUCUGAUUGUGGCACUAAUUUCGUUGGUGCCGAUGGAUUGAUCAGGGAGAAACAGAGUGAAUACGAUGAUUUCAUCACCGAGAUAACUAUCACAGCGCUAGCUAAUGAAGGCAUUGAAUGGAAAUUCAACCCACCAGCGUCUCCACACUUCGGCGGCCUGUUCGAAGCUGGAGUAAAAUCGACAAAAUUUCACCUAAAACGUGUAUUGGGUGAAGCCAGCUUAACGUUCGAGGAGUUUUAUACCGUACUUACACAGAUCGAGGCUUGUUUAAACUCUCGGCCGUUGAUUCCACAGUCAAAUGAUCCGAACGAUUUUUCGAUCAUCACGCCUGGACGUUUCUUGACUGGUGACAGCCUACUUGCAUUGCCAGAAGUAUCGAUUGCUGACGAAAAUGUGGCCAUCGGAAAUCGCUAUCGUUACAUGCGCAAAUUGAGAGAUGAAUUUUGGGCUCAAUGGAGCUCUGAAUACUUGAACCGCUUGCAACAACGACCGAAGUGGUGCAGAGUAACACGUAACAUCGCAGUCAACGAUAUGGUUCUGCUUCGCGACGAACGAUUACCACCGACAAAGUGGGCCCUGGCCAGAGUUUUGGCCACACAUCCCGGCUCAGACGGCUUAGUACGUGUGGUUACCAUCAAAACCAGCACUGGUGAAUUUAAACGUCCGGUGGCAAAACUCAGUUUGUUGCCAAUUCAUGAAGAUAACUAA